AUGUAUGCUGAUGUAUCGUUUACAUUUACAGAGGUCUCUGAUGAAAAUGUGCAGACUGAAGUACCAGAAGACGUGACGAUUAAUAUACUUAAAAGUAGGAAAAGGAAGGCUUGUCCGGACCAGUGGAAAAGAAAUGUCAGAAAGUUUCUUAGAAAUUCAGGUCAAAAAUACACCAAUAUUUAUGGUAACCUUCUACAGGCUCGAAGUUUAGGUCCAUCUUGUAAUCUAUGUAGACUAAAAUGUGAUGAAAAAUUCACGUUACAAGAAACAAGACAGAUCUUUGAAACAUAUUGGUCAAUGGGACAUAUAAAUUAA